CGUUACUUAGUACCUACCUAGAACAUUCACCAGAAUAACAACCCGAUAUGCCUUCCGGAACUGAAAACGCGAAACAGCAAUUCAUGAGCGGCGUUGAAAAGACGAGGAGGGCUGCUGCUGAUGAUUUAGAUAAUUCGAAGCAGAAUAGCCCCAACACUAAGUCAACCUCGGGAGGCGACAAUCCAAAGGCCGGAGGAUCCUCGUUCAGACCCAUUGCCAAGGGUGACACAAGUUCUUCGAACUACGUCCCCGAGAAAGGUCCAUCAACCUAGGGCUUUUAUAAAGGUCGCUUAGCUUUACAAUGCUGUAUAUACAAUAGAGAUAAUAUUUGGAUUAAUUUUGUAA